AUGACUGAUUACAUCAAGGCAGUUGAUAUCCGAGGCGGCACUGGCGAGCGUGAUGCCCUCUUCAUCAAUGACCAGACGCCCAAGCCUUCUGCUGCCGAAGGUCAGGCUAUUGUCAAGAUCAAGGCCUUUGGAAUUAACCGCAUGGACAUAAUCCAGCGUCGAGGCUUUUACCCGCUUCCACCUCAAGCACCCAAGACGCUGGGUGUCGAAUUCAGCGGCAUCAUCGAGUCCUUUGGACCUGGUGACCAUGGCGCUUUUAAAGAAGGCGAUGAGGUAUUUGGUCUAGCCUAUGGUGGUGCCUACGCCGAGUACAUUGCGGCCAGCACCCGCAUGUUGCUUCACAAGCCCUCCUCCAUUGACUUUACUACUUGUGCUGGUGUGCCAGAGGCUUGGAUCACAGCAACCCAGGCUUUGCAUCUUGUCCUCGGCUUUACCAAGGGCAAGUCUAUCCUGUGGCAUGCCGGUGCUUCUGGAGUGUCGGUUGCUGGUAUCCAGCUGUCGCGCGUCGCCGGAGCCUCGGCGGUUUAUGCCACAGCUGGAUCUCAAGACAAGCUCGACUUUAUCACUUCUAAACUUGGAGCAACAGCUGCCUUUAACUACAAGACUCAGGACUGGGCAGAGGAGAUCAAGAAAGCUACGGGAGGCAAGGGCGUCGACUACAUUGUUGAUUUUGUUGGUGGAAACUAUUUCCAGAAGAACCUAGAUGUUGCCGCGCGGGAUGGACGUAUGGUUCUCCUGGGAACGCUCAGCGGUGCAAAGGUUCCUGAUGCCGAUAUUUCUCAGAUCCUGUUCAAGCGACUUCGCAUCGAAGGUAGCACACUCAGAAGCCGGGAUGAGGAGUACCAGGGCGAGCUGCGAGAUCGAUUGGAGAAGUAUAUCCCUGAGUUUGAGAGCGGCAACCUCAAGAUAUUUGUGGAUGAGGUCUUCCCUUGGGAGCAGAUCCAGGAAGCUCAUAAGCAUAUGGAAGACGCCAAGAACUUGGGCAAGAUUAUAUGCACUAUUCCCUAG